GCGAGCUGAAGCACAAAACAACUUGACGAGCGCAGCGCGAGUCAGUCAUGGCGUCCGAGAGGAUCUCCUGAAGAACAAACUGCUCGCAAAACUUUCGCUAAAAGCAUGUAACGAGCUGUCGACGAGUGCUUUAACCGCCUGUAACUGCCGGAAGUAGCGAAAAAGUCGACUUUACGAGCGAGACAUGAUCGUCGAGUGUAGAGUGUGAGUUUAAAGCUAACAGAGCGCAGCUAGCACCAGAGUUUGGCGUCGCGAACACAUUUACCAGCAGUGGAAAUACAGUGUGAAGAUUGUAAUAUAGAGACUUUUAACACGGAGUAGUGAAAGGAGACGCUCUUUAAGUAUCUACCCGAGAGUUUAUUCACUGUGUAUUUUGUCUGAGAGCGAUUGGAGAUGGCUCAUUCGCCGGUUGCUGUUCAAGUUCCUGGAAUGCAGAACAGUCGAGCAGACCCUGAGGAGCUGUUCACUAAACUAGAGCGCAUCGGGAAGGGCUCAUUUGGGGAGGUCUUCAAAGGUAUCGACCGCCGCACUCAGAAUGUCGUGGCCAUCAAGACCAUUGACCUAGAGGAAGCGGAGGACGAAAUCGAAGACAUCCAACAGGAAAUCACAGUGCUCAGCCAGUGUGAUAGUCCUCAUGUCACCAAAUACUAUGGCUCAUACCUAAAGGGUAGCAAACUAUGGAUCAUCAUGGAAUAUCUGGGUGGAGGUUCAGCUCUGGAUCUGCUGAGAGCCGGACCCUUUGAUGAAUACCAGAUAGCCACUAUGCUGAAGGAGAUUCUGAAAGGUUUGGACUACCUGCACUCUGAGAAGAAAAUCCACAGGGACAUAAAAGCUGCCAAUGUGUUGUUGUCUGAGUGCGGGGAGGUUAAACUGGCAGACUUCGGUGUGGCGGGGCAGCUGACGGACACACAAAUCAAAAGGGAGACGUUUGUGGGCACACCGUUCUGGAUGGCCCCGGAAGUCAUCCAACAGUCCGCCUAUGACUCAAAGGCUGAUAUUUGGUCUCUGGGGAUCACUGCCAUUGAGCUGGCAAAGGGCGAGCCCCCCAACUCAGACAUGCACCCCAUGAGGGUUCUCUUCCACAUCCCAAAGAACAUGCCCCCAACCCUCAACGGAGAAUUCUCCAAGAUCUUCAAAGAGUUUGUGGACUCCUGUCUUAAUAAAGACCCUGCGUUUAGGCCAACAGCAAAGGAGCUCUUGAAGCACAAGUUCAUCAUUAAAUAUGCCAAGAAGAUGUCCUACCUCACUGAGCUUAUUGACAGGCUAAAGCGCUGGAAGGCUGAAGGCCACAGCGAUGGAGAAUCCAGCUCCGACUCAGACUCGGAGCCCAGCGGUAGGGACAAUGACUCAUCUCCUGAAUGGUCCUUCACCACUGUUCGCAAGAAGAAGCCAGACAAGAAACAGCCCAAUGGAGUUGAUGAAGAAGUGCAGAAGAAAUCUGCCAGCUUAACAACAGUCAUGAUUCCUGUGUUCUCUGAGUUGAAAUCACAGCACAGAGAUGAAGAGAUGACAAGAGGAGUGAUCGAGGAGCUGGAGAAGAGCCUGUACAUGGCUGAGGACCUCUGCCCUGGCGUCACAGACAGAAUGAUCAGCCACAUCUUGGAGAGGGUGCAGAGGUUCUCAGUGAGUUAGUGCAGAGCUGCAUUGGGUCAAUUCGAACACAACACCCUGGAGGACACGAGUGAGAGUCAGGUCUCCUGAUCACUGCACCUUAACACACUCACUCUGUUUCUUCCACACUCAAACACACUCACAUGUACAGAGAAUGGAGGGACGUCGAGUUGCACAUACUAUCUCAUAACCAAAAGGAAUUUAUUUAGUUUUUCUCCCAAAGAAUGAUUAUAUAUAUAUAUAUAGUGUGUUCAGUUGUAUUUAUAUCAUUUUGCCAUGUGCUUUUAUAUUAGUCUUCAGCUGGUGCCCAAGAAUGUGUGCGUUACUGUUAUUUUACUCCAUAUUUUACUUUGAAAGGCACAAAAUAUCCCUACUGGUUAAAUAGAUCUUCUGCAGAGUGUUAGGGCAUAUCUUUGCUUCAUAUAUCUAUAUAUUUGAUAUCCCAAUCCAGUUACUUUUAUUUUAAAAUUUAAACUAUGAUCAGUAGUAUUUAUGUGUGGGAGAUUAAACAGUGUCUUUGUUUGUCUUGGUUUGGGAUUUCUCUUGAUACACUCUACACACUGUUACCUGUAGCAUUACAGAACUGCUGUAUGGAAUUACAUGUAUAUCAUAUCAGUCAAGCAAAUAAAAAUACCUCAGAUUAAGCAAGCAUUUUAAAGAAGAACAUUGCUCCUGGUCUAGUGCAGAUCAAGUUUAGUUUAAACUGCUGGGAAAAUGGGAGAAGUAUUUUGCUGUGCAAAAGCUACCUCCACCACUGAUCCAUAACAUAAGGAAUUUUUAAAUUGGCAAGGUAAUUUAUUUUGAAAGUUCUAGACUUUUUAUAUACAAAAUACUAAGGGGGCCCAUUUCUAUCACACACAAAAAGGAAAAAAGUGCUUUAGCAAGUUAUAAUUAUUCAUAAAACAUAACAUAAUUAACUUAGGAGAUUCAUGACAUAAAAAGUUAAAUCAUAUGUAUGACUUUCUGUCUCAUAAUUUUGACUACCUCAUAAUUUCGAGUUAGUAUCUCAUAAUUAUGACCUCUAAUCUCCAUAAUUAUUCUGAGAUUCUAAAUCAUUAUGGUCAAGUCAUAAUUACAAUUGAGAUUAUAUUUCAGAAUAUUAUAGUUAUUAUAAUUAUCACAUACCAAAGUAUUUUUUUCUUUUUUUCUUCCAAUGGUGGAAAUGGACUUACUUCCAUAAAAUCCAGAACUGUCAGGAUAAGAUGCUAUCCACAUUUGUCACAAAAUAUUUUGCCCUUCAUUUCUCAGUGAUGCCCACUUUUACAGUGUAUUGUUUUUGAGUUAAUAUUUUUAUAUAUAAAAUUAGAGUUACUGUAAUUUUGAAGGAAAUAUGCACUUGCAAACACUUUGUAUGGGGUGGGCCUGUUUUAUACUUUCAAAGCUCUCUUUCUGUGCAGACAUUCCACUUUCUUUGCAUAGAUCUCAAGGGUCAUUCUACUCUAGCCAGUGGGGAAAUUUCUACACUCAAAACAAAUGCAGUUAAACUUUCCAAAAUAACAGUGCUUCAAGCUCACGCUAGGGGGAAGAAUAGAAUCUUGGCUAUCAUGCGCUAUAAAAUUGUUUUAUUUAGACAGAUUCUUUGUUUUAUGUAUUAUAUAUUUUCCUAUGAUGAGGGAUAUUUCUUUUCUUUUUUGCCAAGCUUGUAAAGGGUGCCAUCACUGGUAUGGUGGUGAUGUCAUAUGUGCUCCUAUUGGCUUGAAGAGACUAUGCCAACAUUACAUCACAUUGUGCCUAAAGUUCACUUAAUGAAUAUGUGAUGUCUUCUCAAACAGCUUUAAAAUGAACACAUUGCCAGACUGCUGGAAGAUUUUAGAGCAAUAAAGUUGUUUAGUAAAAAUAUUUUAUAAUUCUUUAUAGAAAUGUAGAUGCAGAAGCUAGGUUUUGUAAAUUUCUUCAUCAAAGCUUUUGUAAAUUAAGAUUGCCACACAAAUCUUUCAAGGCUGUAUCAUAUAUAUAUAUAUAUAUGCUGUUCUCUUCCUUAUUUGACUUCAACUGUUACAAAUUAGUUUUUGUUUGGUGUGGCAAAUAAAGAUGUAAAUUAUGAUCUUUGAAUCUGAUUGUAUGCUUUUUUUUUUUCCUGUGAUGGAAAAUUGCCACUUCUUGCAUACAUUCACUAUUA